GACGCAUGCGCGAACUAGGACUUCCUGACCUAAAAAGCAAACACGGAAGUUGAGUGAAAACACUCAAGGCGCGUUUCUUCAAAAUACCAACGCCACAGCAAGUAUCAAUGUCGUAAUGCCCCUGUCAACGCAGUCCCAAACGGAUGAUGCCCAAUACAUUCUGGUGGCUAGUUUGGAUAAUGCUCGUAACAUCUCCAACAUAUUGAAAGCGAUCACCUUCAAAGACCAUGCCAUCUUCAGUGCUACUCCUAACGGUCUUAAGGUCACCGUGGAAGACUCUAAAUGUCUACAAGCCAAUGCCUUCAUCCAGGCUGAUAUCUUUCAAGAGUUUACCAUUAAGGAAGACUCUGUUGGGUUCCAGGUCAAUCUGACUGUUCUGUUGGAUUGCCUCACAAUCUUUGGAGGGAGCACUGUGCCAGGAGUUAGCACAGCCCUACGGAUGUGUUACAUGGGCUAUGGCUACCCACUCACCUUGUUCCUGGAAGAAGGUGGGGUGGUGACCGUCUGUAAGAUCAACACACAGGAACCCGAGGAGCCCAUUGAUUUUGACUUCUGCAGCAGCAAUGUCACAAACAAGGUUAUCCUCCAGUCUGAGAGCCUAAAGGAGGCCUUCUCUGAGCUGGACAUGACCAGUGAGGUGCUACAGAUCACCAUGUCCCCCAACCAGCCUUACUUCAGGUUGUCCACAUUUGGGAACUCGGGAAAUGCCCACUAUGACUAUCCCAAAGACUCUGACAUGAUGGAGCUCUUCCAGUGCACCAAGACACAGAUUAACAGGUAUAAGAUGUCCCUGCUGAAGUCGUCCACCAAGGCCCUGGCCUUGUCCUGCAAGGUCUCUGUGAGGACGGACAGCAGGGGCUUCCUGUCCCUGCAGUACCUGGUCAGGAACAACGACGGACAGAUAUGCUUUGUGGAGUACUACUGCUGUCCAGAUGAAGAAGUGGGGGAUGACUGAUGGAAAAGGGAUGCAGGCCAUGAGCAGUCACUUUCAAAACACAAGAUAGUUUGAGUAAAGCACUACAGGAAGUUUACCAAUGAGGCACAGGUUACAGAGUGGUAAUGAAGGCCCUAGAUGUAUUCUACGACCCGUGUCAUGAGAGUCUGGGCCAGUGCAGUGCACAAUAAUGUUCCCACUGUCAACUUAACCCAUGUUCACAAAUGUUGGUAUAUCGGCUGAGUGAAUGCUUUUUUCACUGAGUUUGUGUUCUGCGCAUAUACACGGUAUAUGUAAAUAUGCCUGUUCAUAUGUAACAUUAGACCGUUGAGGAAGCUAUGUUCAAACAUUUCAGUAUUGCAGUCAAUUAAACAUUUUACUAAUAAAACUAAGAUCUUUAGUUUGAGUAAUUUCUUAUUUCAUAUUUGUACUAGACAAGAAUUUUUCUAUACAGACUUAUGUAUUAAAAAGGACCCAUAAUUUACAACUAGCUUAAGUGUAAUUAGCCAUUACAAGCUUUUUAAAUUCCCACUGGUCUAGUGACGUCACACAAGGUGGUAGUAUUGGACAAAUACCAGCAGUCACAUACAACUUAUCUACUAUUUCUCUCAAGGUGAAAAUACCUUAAAAUUAGAAUUUACAGGGGCACCCAUUUCCACCUACCAAAGCAUCUUGUUUUUUCCUGGUUUAUAUAUAUUAAACCCAAAACAAUUCCAACAGAAUGAAGGUGUUUCUAAACAUUUGGAAUUUGUAAAAUGAUGUAGGAUUUAUUACAGAAAAAGGUUCCAGAUAAAAUAAAAUCUGUUUUAUACGGCUUUGUCCUUGCAGACGUUUCGGAAGUUGGAUUACAUACAGUUGGUGUACAUAAUAGUGACAUACAAGAACCAAAUAAAAACACAUU